AUGUCUUGUUCUAUAAAGGCUGGGUUUUCUGUUUCUGGGUCCAAUGACACCAUCAUCAAGAACAGGCCCAUAGGGUACUUUGCGGUUUCUCCUUCAAUUGUGAACCUUCAGUUUGCACAUUCAAAAUCAAAAGAGUUUAUGGGAAAGCCCAUUGAAUUUUCAGACCAGAAAGUUGUUAGCAAUUGGAAGGCUAAAGCUUCAAGACAUAAUACCCUUAUCAAUGCACAGGCAUCAAUAUGUAUUAGCAGAGGCCUAAGAUGGUGGGAAAAGACCCUUGUGCCCAACAUGAUAGAGAUCCAUUCUGUACAAGAACUUCAUAGACAGUCUUCUGCAUUUUCUAUGUUCAUGGUUGGUUUGAAUGGUUCACUUGCUCACCCUGAAUUCUUUUCUGGUGUAUAUGAAUCUUUCAGGGAAAACACAGUUUUCUAG